GCCCGGGUCUGCCACUGCGGUGUCGAAACCUGCCCGAAAGGGGAUGACACCAUCUGCACCUGCUAUGCCUCAGCGUCCCCCAGUGCGAACUACCGCGGCUGUGCCUGAGCCACGUAGGACGCUUGUCCCUCCUGCAGGAGCAAGCGCUGCUUCGAGAAGGAGCCUCCAGCCAGCAAAGGGGGCGAUUGGCGGAACAGCGCGGGUUCCUGCGUCCAGGCUCUCCACUGUUCCCGAGAGUGCUGCACAACGAACGUUCCUCCAUGGUGCCAGGCGGUCUGUGGCUGCUAUUCCGAAGGCCAUGGCUGCAGCGAGCCAGCCAUCACCCGCCGAUCCGCCAAAGGCCAAGACUGGACUGCGUGCCGCUUCAACUGCGCAGCCAUCACAGUUGCCUUCCCGUUCACGGUUGAAGCCUCCCGCCACUCGAGCAUCAGGCAGCACUUCUCGAGUGCCCAGACUGCCAGCAUUCAGAGAAGCCUCGUGCCUCCCACAAGUGCCAGAGUCUCCCGUGGCAACUCGCCUCUCGUCGACACCUGCCAGGCCAAAUGUUCCUCUGGGCAGUGGCAGUCCAGCAUUGACACCCAUUAGGAAGCAGCCAGACUACCGCUGAACUUCCUGAUGCAUCUGAGCAUGCGGGCCUUUUUUUUUCUCCCUGUAAUUUAUUGACAAGAACAUUGUCUAGGAAAUGUUUUUAACUUUUUAUUUGACUACGUGCUAUACACCGGGCAUUACUGGUAACAUUUUAUGAACUUUUAAAACUGCAUUUUAUGGAGACUCUGAACGGCCUUUGAAAAGUCAAGUAGUCUUCAUCGGAACGCACAUGUUCAUUGCGGAAAAAAAUAUAGAAUUUAUAUAACUUCUGUUGUUGAGACAAAGGGCAGGUGUGCUGAUAUCUAUGUUAUGCCCGAAUUGCGGUGAUGACAUUAUCACACUUUUGGAGUGCCUAAUUGUUUACAAAGUUAUAAAUAUGCAAAAUGUACAACAUCCUGGAGGCUUUAGAAUGCAACGGAACCUUUGUUUAUCUUUGUCUACCUCUUUGGAUGCGUCUGAUAUUGUGUGAGAGCUUGCAAAUAUACCUGAACUCUGUAUUAAAGUUUUCUGAUGACACCA